GCGGCUUGCAUUGUUUAUCUUCCUCGAGAUGAAUGCUGGUCGAUUUCACCUGUAUUUAUUAUUUUCUCAUUAAGUAAUUAUUAUUCGGAGCGUGUUAAUGAGUUAUUAAGGCGUUUAGAGUGUGUUUGUGUCGGACAGCAGGCGUUAAUACGAGUAUUUCAGGCUCUGUUGGAUUCUUGUGGCCUGAGCUCAGAAACUCGUUUAUUUCACAUUUAUUCCGUUUUUUUUAUCUGCUGUUUAGUGUGUUUAUUUAUAUUUGUGUAGUAAGUCAUGGCUGUUGUCAACGAAGGAGCUCUUAAAAAGAUGCUGAAGCAAUACAAAUACAGAGAUCUCACUGUGCGGGAGAUAACGAACGUCAUCUCUCAGUACAAAGACCUCAAACCUGUUAUGGAUGCGUACGUGUUUAAUGACGGCUCCUCCAGAGACCUGAUGAGCCUCACAGGAACGGUUCCAGUCAGUUAUAGAGGGAAUGUGUAUAAUAUUCCCGUGUGCUUGUGGCUGCUGGAUACGUAUCCCUACAACCCUCCCAUAUGUUUUGUGAAGCCCACCAGUGCGAUGAUGAUCAAGACCGGCAAACACAUCGACGCCAACGGCAAGAUCUACCUGCCCUACCUGCACGAGUGGAAACAUCCUCAGUCGGAUCUGUACGGGCUCAUCCAGGUCAUGAUCGUGGUGUUUGGUGAGGAGCCGCCCGUGUUCUCCAGACCCACCACACAACCUCCGUACCAGGCCUUCCAAGCAGCCGGACCCCCGAACCAGUCCUAUAUGCCAGGAAUGCCAGCAGUAUCUCCCUACGGGCCAAACCCAAACCCCUGUGGUUAUCCCGGUUACCCUUACCCAGGAGGCAAUGCUUAUCCUGCCACAGGAGGUCCAGCACAUUACACUUCCCAGACUCCCGUCACUGCUGUGGGUCCAAGUCGUGAUGGCACCAUCGGUGAGGACACCAUCCGAGCAUCGCUGAUCUCAGCCGUGAGCGAUAAACUGCGCUGGAGAAUGAAGGAGGAGAUGGACCGAGCACAAGCCGAGCUGGACGCGCUGAAGAGAACUGAAGAAGACCUGAAGAAAGGACACCAGAAGCUGGAAGACAUGGUGUCCCGUCUGGACCAGGAAGUGGCUGAGGUGGACCGAAACAUCGAGCUCCUCAAGAGGAAGGACGAGGAACUGAGCGAAGCUCUGGAGAAGAUGGAGAACCAGUCGGAAAACAAUGACAUUGACGACGUGAUCAUCCCAACAGCCCCGCUCUACAAACAGAUCCUGAACCUGUACGCAGAGGAGAACGCCAUAGAGGACACCAUCUUUUACCUGGGAGAAGCCCUUCGGAGAGGAGUCAUCGACCUGGAGGUCUUCCUCAAGCACGUGCGUCUGCUGUCCCGAAAACAGUUCCAGCUGCGAGCGCUCAUGCAGAAAGCGCGAAAGACGGCCGGACUGAGUGACCUUUACUGA